GUUUCGGCCUUCUCCGCCCUCGCUCAAAGUGCGACCAGUAUGGCAAUUCUGAACCCUAAAUUCCCAAUCCUCUUAUCACCCGUAGUCAGUCACUCCCUCGCCGGCCACCGAGUUUACAUCGCCGCCGUCGGAGGUUUAACCAUUCGGCGUCCCAGCUCCUCCCCGGCGUCUUCACUCUCCUCCUUGAAUCCUUCUGGGUUGCGCAUCGUACACAAAUUUGAUUUCUCCUCAUAACUUGAAGAGCUGAAGUGGAGCUUGAACGUAGCAAAAAAAAAAAAAAAAAAAAAAUUCAACCAUGAAGGUCUUCCAAAUCAACGGAAACAACACUCUUUCUCUCGCCCUCUUCGCCGAAGUCGCCAAUUCCAAGGAGCUUCUUGAUUCUAUGCAAGCUGGGAAUCUGGAGCUGGAAGUUUCGUUUAUGAAUGCAUCACUUAUCCCCGAUGUUUUCCCUGUUCUCGCUGCAGCACACAAGGCGCUUGUGUCAAAGUCUCGGGAUUCAUUGACAACCCGAACGCUUCAUUCUGAGCUUGUCUACAAUAUUUCAGGAUCCAAGCAUAUUACAGAGUCCUUGAAACGAUGUGGUAUCUCAGACAGCUGCACGUACGUCCUCGCAGCUCGCUUCAAUGCCUCGCCGGAAGAUAUGAAAGUGGUAGAAAAACUUAUCAACGGCAAAGAGGUCGACUUAGUGGAGCUGGAGAGCAGAGCAAACCAAGCUCAAAUCCUUAAGCAUUACAAAAUCUCUGCGAUGGAGCUAGGGAUUUCCUCACUUGCUGAUGCCAUUACAUGCCGAAUAGCUUCCCGGGAUGCCCUGUGAGGAAAGAUAAGGACGUAUUGUGCUUGAAGUAGUCGAAGGCCACUGUGUGCAUCCAUAAACCAGCUAUCUUUUUAUCUUAGUAGGCUGCAGUUUAAUGCUUGGCUCUGUAGAGUAAAAGAAUGUGAGUUAUUAUAUGCUUGGGGAUGAAGAAAUGUUGGCGAAAUAGGCGUCCGAUUUUUACCCGCGUCUUUUAUUUGUCCGUUAUUAUCGUUACGUUGAAAUUUAUUGUAUACCGAGCCAUCCAAACACGGUGUCGACACGUGGAUGGGACAGCGGCAACCGCUUGCUUCAGUAUGAAGCAGCUUCAGUAUGAAGCAAGAGGCUGGAGCGUCGUUUUGACGCUGCUUGAACUGAGAACAGCCGGGUGAUUAUACUUGAGAUGUCUUUUGCAGUU